CGGGUCGGGCGCGUGCAAAGCGAGCACUUACUUCCCCGCAGUAACUGUCCGUCGCUCGGGUCUGGGACCAACUCUUUCUUGCCUUUUGAAACGGGCAUGAGUCCGGUCAGGGUGUGGGGCAUGAGUCCGGUCAGGGGUGUGGGCGAGCGGCUUUAUCAUCCCUGCGGUGGUCCUUGUGGAAUGCGGUCUGGGCACUCUUUGGUAGAAGGAGGAAAUGACGUGACUGGUUCGUGCUCUGGACGUGAGGCCGCAGCAGGACCGUAGGGGGCAGCAUGGCCUGGCCUCGCCUGGUCCCCCGGGGCGCCGCCCCCUCCCGCCUCAGCCACCACCACGUGGUCGUCUUCCUGCUCACCUUCUUCAGCUACUCCCUGCUCCACGCCUCGAGGAAGACCUUCAGCAACGUCAAAGUCAGUAUCUCCAAGCAGUGGGCGCCCACCGCCGCCAACGCGUCCACGUCCGUGGCACUGCCCGUCGAGAUCUGGAGCCGCAACCACCUGUUCCCCAGUGCGGAGGAGGCCACACUCUUCCUCGGGACACUGGACACCCUCUUCCUCUUCUCCUAUGCCGUGGGCCUGUUCAUCAGCGGCAUCGUCGGGGACCGGCUGAACCUGCGAUGGGUGCUGUCCUUCGGCAUGUGCUCGUCUGCGCUAGUGGUGUUCGCCUUCGGCACGCUCACGGAGUGGCUGCACUUCUACAACAAGGGGCUGUACUGCUGUCUGUGGAUCGUGAACGGCCUGCUGCAGUCCACAGGCUGGCCUUGCGUGGUCGCUGUCAUGGGCAACUGGUUCGGGAAAGCCGGCCGCGGCGUGGUCUUUGGCCUCUGGAGCGCCUGUGCCUCAGUGGGGAACAUUCUCGGCGCGUGCCUCGCCUCCUCCGUCCUGCAGUAUGGCUAUGAGUACGCCUUCCUGGUGACCGCGGCCGUGCAGCUCGCUGGCGGGAUCGUCAUCUUCUUUGGGCUCCUGGUGUCCCCGGAAGAGAUCGGGCUCCCUGCCGCCGAGUCCGCCGAGCUCGCCGAGGAAGACUCACGCCGGCCGCUGAUGGGCGGGACGGAGCCCGAGGAGGAGUGCGAGCCAGGCUACUCCAUCCAGGAGGGCGCGGCCGCCCCUGCCCCGCCCGCCAAGGCCAUCGGCUUCCAUCAGGCCUGCUGCCUCCCCGGCGUCAUCCCGUACUCGCUGGCGUACGCCUGCCUGAAGCUGGUGAACUACUCCUUCUUCUUCUGGCUGCCCUUCUACCUGAGCAACAACUUCGGGUGGAAGGAGGCCGAGGCAGACAAGCUGUCCAUCUGGUACGACGUGGGCGGAAUCAUCGGCGGGAUCCUGCAGGGCUUCAUCUCCGACCUGCUGCAGAAGCGCGCGCCCGUGUUGGCCCUCAGCCUGCUCCUGGCCGUCGGCUCGCUGGUGGGCUACAGCCGCUCUCCCAACGACAAGUCCAUCAACGCCCUCCUGAUGGCCGUGACAGGGUUCUUCAUCGGCGGCCCGUCGAACAUGAUCAGCGCUGCGAUCUCUGCCGACCUGGGCCGCCAGGAGCUGGUCCAAGGCAGCAGCGAGGCCCUGGCCACCGUCACGGGCAUCGUGGACGGGGCUGGGAGCAUGGGCGCCGCCGUGGGCCAGUGUUUAGUGUCUCUGAUCCAGGACAACUUCGGGUGGAUGUGGGUUUUCUACUUCUUCAUUGUCAUGACCAGUUGCACGAACCUGUUUCUCUCGCCGCUGAUCGUGCGGGAGAUCCGGCAGCUGGUGCAGAGGCAGCACGCGCUCAGCGAGUGACCGCCCGCGGGACCAGCGCCGCGAGAGCCCCCGGGCCUGGCGUUUCUUGAAAUUCCCCCGGUGGGGCUGUCUCCGGAAGCCCCGGCGUCACCAAAGCCCGGGUGCCCCCCCCCCCCACGGUGCUGAGCAGCCCUGAAGGCCGGGCUGUGUGUUUACACUACAGGAGUCACUGCUUCGUUUCCUCUGGGGCCCCGGGGCCAGCGCGGCGGUGCUUGGGGCGCACUCCUGGCUCUGCGCUCAGGGUUUGCUCACGGGACCACACGCGUGGUGCCAGGGAUUGAACCCGGGCCGGCUGUGUGCAAGGCAGUGACCGCCCCUGCUGACACUACAGGAGUCCUCGUGGGUGCUUUGGAUUGCUUCUGUGGCGCGCGCUGGACGCCCCGCGUGCUCUCCCACGCCUCGGUCCGGCCCUUCACCUUCCAGGUGCCGCUGCCUCCCCAGCCCCUGAGCUGCUGCUGACCAGGAGGUGCCCGUGCAGGGCCAGCGGGGCCUCUGCCAGUGGCACGGCAGCCUCAGUGGAUCAGGGACCGAGACGGACUCAAUCUUGGAGGCCUCACGUCCGGCGGGAGCGGCCGGGCCGGAAGCAGACAUCCCGUGUGGGCGCCAGAUUCUGGAUUUCUCUGAACCCUGGCAGCACGGGUUCCUGCGGCUGGUGGGCGUCCGAGUCUCGUCUCCUGUUGCACCUGAAGUCCUCGGGGGCGUGUCCCCUGCAGCAGACGGGAGGUGGAGAAAAUGGAGGAGCCCCGCCCCCUUUGCAGACUUUUAACCUUUUAGCCUGUCACUGCCCCCAAGGAACAGAUCCCUGGGGCCCGAGGGCCAGCCAGCAUCUCUUCUUGGGACCCUGGAGGCAUGUCCUCGGGGCCAUGAAUUUUGUCUGCUCACUGUGGAUGUUUGAGAGUCGUCUGUGUGGAGGUCUUAAACCGUCGGCCAGCUGGGAAGAAAGCGUGCCCGUGCCCGAAAGAGCCGCUCUCCAGGCUCGAGCUGGUUCUCCGAAACGGGGUGCGGUCACGACCUCGCUCGCAUGUUAACCGAGUCCAGCGGAUUCCCAAUCAGCUGGCUCCUGACACAAAGGGAACAUAGGAAACAGGAAGAGAAAAUAAAGCGGCUUUUGUAACAA